AUGGACUCUAAUUUGCAUAGACAACUUGCAGUGGAACUUGAAGAUCUUGAUGCAGAAAUGAAGGAAAAUAGUAGCUUGAAAAGAAAUCCGAGUGCAGCUGAAGACUUCAUUGAAACCCUGAAAGAUCAAAUAGACACUUCUAGCGAAAAGAGAAAGGAGCUACAAGACAAGCUGAAAGAGAAGGAAGAACAAAGCAUGGAAAGUCAGGGCAAGACUGAUGAGUGUGAAAAUCUUGCUAGAGAGAAUGAAAAAGACCCCACCUUGCAUAAGCAAUUCUCUGAGUCAGCAAGAAAGAGAAAGAUUAGAAAUGAAGAGGAGGCUGUUGCAGAACAAAUGGGAUUGACAAAGGAGGUUUUACAAAGGGAAAGUGAUCAGAAUAUACUGAGAGAAGAGGAUGUAAUUAAGCCACAACCCAAACUAGUAAACCCUCCUAAGCAAUCCAAGAUAAAUCCUAGUAGAUAUACAACUCUCUUCGAAGUGAAGAAACUAGGACCUCCACCCAAGCUCAAGCCAAUAGUAUCAACUGGUGGAGUUGAGAAAAGGAAAAGGGAGAAGCCUUCAAGGGAGUAUGUGUCAGCAAAGGAGGAGACAAAUUUCGAUGAGGAAGUCCGAAAAGUUAAAAAGACUGCUACUUAUGCUCAAAUAAAUGUUGCUUGUAGAAAAGAUGAAGAAACACAAGAGUAUGUUUUAGUAAACACUUGUUCAUUCAUAUCAUGGGUGGAAGUUGAAAGAUUAUCGAAGUUGGCAAAUGAAAAAUUCAAAAGAAAGAAGAGAAUUAACAAGAUUAUGCUUGGUAAAAUUAAUGAAAUUGCAAAAGAAACAGAGGAAAUAAGAAAAAACUUUUUGUUAGAGCUAAGAUAUGAGGUAAAUCAGGCAGAGGUUGCCACCCACUUAGUAGAACACAUUCCUAAAAAAACCUCCAUUUCGGAAGUAAGUAUUGAAGUCUCUGGUGGUCUGAAGGAUCAACCAUUUGUCGAUUCGGUUGAGAAAGAUGCUGCACAAGAUGAACCUAUUGAUAAUCUAGUAGUAGAUAUCUCUGGUGAAGCUACUCAAGACCCUCCCGAGAUAGAAGUUCUUGCAGAGAUGAUAGUUGAGAAGAUAGAAAAAGGUGAAAAGGGUGUGAGUGCAGAAGUUGAAAAGGAGAAGGGUGAUGAGCCAAUAGAGAAACCUUUGGUAACCAUGAUUGUGGCCAAUGUCACUAAAAAAGGUAAGGAGUUUGAUGUAGAGGAUGAUUUUUAUCAUGGUCUAGUGGAUUUGGGCACCUUAUCCCCUAUUAAAGCUUUGAAACUUUCCACUCAAGGUCAGAACAAGGCAAGUGAAGACUUGUUGAAAUCUCAGUCUGAAGAUAAAGAGGUCAUCUCUCUUGCAACUGAGGUUUUCGAGAAGCUUUUUCCUAGUUUCAGUUAG